AUGUCUGGUUUCGAGGUAGGGCAGACAGUCCAGCUCAAUGACGGCGGCCGGCUGGCAAUCGUUCGUUACGCAGGGCAACCGGAUUUUGCACCUGGAGAAUGGAUUGGAGUAGAAUUGGAGGACGAAAGUGGGAAGAACGAUGGAAGUGUUAAAGGGCAGCGGUACUUUGAGUGUGAUAUGGGAAGGGGGAUGUUCUUGCGGCCCACCGCCGUCAGGAUUGUUGAACAGCCAGCACCAAAGCCCAAACCUCCACCAGCAAAACGCCUCUCAAGACCGAGUAGUGUUGCAGCACCGGGCGUUGGACGACGUUUGAGCUCUGUUCCUGAUACCACUGGUGGAAAACGUAUGAGUAUCAACGCUGCUAGCCCAAGCCCCGCGGUUCGAGCUCGCCCUUCUAGUAUAAUCAGAUCGCCAACCAAGUCUCCCACGAAACAGUUGUCUGCAACGUCCUCGAAAGCUCCCACCCCAAGAACUGGAACUCCGUCCAAUGCAAGGACUGCCUCUUCUUCUAUGGCAAAGCCGCCCCCAGCUACUCGUGGAAACCGAACCUCAAUGGGACCACCGGCCGCGCCUGGGUCCCGUGGAAGCCGACAAUCUUUAGCUGGUGGGUUAGGCGUUACCAAUAGAAGUUCUGUGCCCGCGAGCCGCACGGCAAGUGUUAGGCCAGCUCUCGCUCCGAGAGAUAGAAUUCGUUCCAACGUGGACAGGGUUGGUUCGAUAGGUAGCCAACUAAGUGGUGGCCAGAUUAGUGAAGACGGUGGGCAUGAUACGGGCGAUGACGAUGGAGCAGAUUCGCCAAUUAAGAGUGACAGCUUAUCUCCGAAAGCUUUGAGCCCUACCAUGUCUCGAGUGACUGGAGGAGACCGCCUAGCUGGAUCUCCCGCUUCGUCUCGGAAUAGUGCAUCCCCAGCGACUCAGCGAGCUGCGGGGGCAAGCACCGCAGCCACUAGAGAGAUUGAAAGUCUAAAAGCGAAACUGCGAGUUAUGGAGGGUAAACGACUGGAAGAUAGGGAAAAACUAAAAAACAUGGACAAGCAACAGUCGGACAAGGACAAGUACGACGCAAUCGUAAUGAAGUUCCAAGCCAAAGUUCAAGAACAGCAGCUCGAGGUCAACGAGCUUCGGCGCCAGCUCAAGGAAUCUGGGGCCAGGUUCGAGGAAGUUGAGAAUCUCCAAGCGGAGCACGAAGUUGUUCUUGAAAUGGCGACCUUGGAUAGGGAGAUGGCUGAAGAAACUGCGGAAGUACUCAGGUCGGAAUUGGAUGCCUUGCGACUAAAGUCGGAGGAGCUAGAGCUAGAAGUGGAGAUAUUGAGGGAAGAAAACGCCGAACUUGGAGGUGAUAUGAGUCUUGAAGAAAAGAGCAGUCACGGCUGGUUGGCCAUGGAAGCGUCGAAAGAGAAACUGCGAGAUGCUGUGCUUGUGCUCAGGGACCGAAUGGAGGAUGACAAGUCCAAAUACACAGCUCAAAUCGCAGAUCUCGAGGUGGAAGCCCGUGAGCUAGCUUCGAUCAGAGAAAAGUACAACUCAACCCGCGAGAGGUUGACCCAGGCGGAAACUGUAAUUGAAGACUUGCGCCAACAACUUGACAACGCUCUUGGAGCUGAAGAUAUGAUUGAGGAACUCACUGAAAAGAAUAUGGCGAUGAGCGAGCAUAUUGAAGAAUUGAAGGUCACGAUCGAAGAUUUGGAAAGUCUUAAAGAGGUGAAUGAUGAGCUUGAAAUCAAUCACAUUGAGACCGAGAAAGAUAUGCAAGAAGACAUCGAUUUCAAAGACAGUGUCAUCAGUGAGCAGAUACGUCGUGCCGCACAACAGGAUGAAGCCUUGGAGGACAUGGAGUAUACGCUCUCACGAUUCCGAGAACUUGUGACUAAUCUUCAGAGUGACCUAGAAGACAUGCGAGCUUCUCACGCAGUCUCAGAGACGGAGUCGGAACAAUUGGCAAGUCGAUCGCGUGCCAUGAUGGAUUUGAAUAUGAAGCUUCAAGUCUCAGCUGCGAAAACGCAAGUCAAAACUAUUGAUCUCGAACUAAGACGGCUAGACGCACAAGAAGCUUCUGAGCAUCUUGCGAUAGUACAGCUCUUCCUUCCCGAUACAUACCUGGCUGAUAAGAACUCGGUUCUGGCAUUGUUGCGUUUCAAGCGUGUUGGGUUCAAGGCGAAUCUGUUGCACGGAUUUGUCAAGGAGAGAUUGGGUAAUCAGCCUUCUCCUGGCCAUGAAGAGAACACUUUCUCGGCAUGCGAUGUGCUGGAUAAACUUGCUUGGAUUGCGGCCAUGUGCGAUCGAUUUGUGAAUGCUCUAAGUCACUGUUCUACUGAAGCAUUUGCCAAAUUCGAGGGAGCGCUGUAUGAGCUUGAACCUGUCGAACGUGGCUUAAACGGUUGGAUUGAUGGGCUUCGCCGUGAUGAACUGAAGGAGAGCCAAUGUGCAAGCGAUCUCCAACGGACCAUCGCGCUAAUGUCACACUUGGCAGAGGUUCACAUUCCUCCUGGGCUAGCAAGUUAUGCGGAUGAAGUGCAUAUGCGUACUCUCAUUAUGCAGAGUCACCUGGAGAACGCAGCUACAGCGCUUUCCGCCGCAAGGAGUCUCGUACAGACGAGCAUACCUGCACAAGAUGACAAUGAUGAGCAUGCUCAACACUUUUCGAGAAAGACCGAGUCAGUAGUGAGCUCUACUCGUAGCGCCAAAGUGGUUGUUGGAAAGGCCGUUAGAGCACUCGAGGACCUGAAAAGCCGGUCCUUAUCCCUGACCCCAGAUACAGCACAGACAUUUGAGCAGUGUGAGACGGCUACAGAGGAGUUAGCCGCCUUUUCUAGACAAGUCGGUUUCGAUCUCUGCGUAUUACUCCACGAGGAAGGUAAAACGGAAGCAUUCACGUAUUUCGAUGUCCAAAAUUCAAUCCACCGAACAACAACAUCCGUAUUUGCAUCCAGCGAAAGUGAUCUGUUCUCUGCUUAUUCAAACAAGCUCAGGACACUCACAACGUCCCUGAUGGAUCUGGCUGCCCUUGCUUCGGAUUUGGAAGUCACACAAGAAUUCGAAAGGGCUUCAGCUCCUUGGUUGAUACGUUCUCAGCAGUUGAAAUCGUCAAAAACUGUUUCUAUCGACGCCGAGGAGGAGCUUCGUCGUCUCAAAGACGAUAACCUCGAACGAGCCCGCAUGUUAGCAAUGAAAGACCAAGUUCUUGAGGAAGCUUCGGUCAAGAUUGAACUCCUGGAAAGCCGUAUGAGAGACGCAUCGAAGAAGAACGACAAGAUCUCGGAGCUCGAACGAAAGAUCGAAGAAGCAAAGAAGAAAGAGUCUGAAUUGUCGGCGUCUCUAGAAACCCAAAAUAAGGAGUUGGCACUUCUCGACGUGGACCGAGAGAAAUGGAGAAAAGCAGCAGAAGAUGCAAAGGCUCUUGGUGUCGCUGCUCCCGGUACAAAGGCUGGCCAAGAGCGUGCCGUCGCUACGGCUCGCGAAAUGGACGUACUGAAGGCUGAAAUUGAAAGCCUCCAAGCUGCUGUGCGCUAUCUGCGAGAAGACAAUAGACGUGCUCGACUUGCUGAUCAUCAGGGACUUGACUGGCUUUCCGCUCCUUUGUUGAAGCCAAAAUCCGUCUCCCAGCGACGUGAGGAACUUGUUGUCUCCGAAGGCCAAGAUGUUUUGAGCGAACUGUUGAAUCUCAGCGCAUCUGCUAAGGUUUAUGAUCUUAGCUCUGUACCAAAGAACAGGCUAGGCUGGCGUCCCGCAAAGUCUACACCUCAAUACCAUGUGGCCAAGCAGAAGGAGGAUUAUGCCGCAUGGGAAAGUUGGAAGGAGGCGGUUGUCAAGAAGGCUCAUGUUCUUGCUGAGCGUGAUGCUAAUCGUGGGAUGGUGAAGAAACCCAGGGGAAAUUUGGCUGCUAAAGUAUCACUUCACAUCCCGGAUCUGGAGGGUAAGGGCAUGAUUAAUAGGGGAAAGGAAGUGGAAAUUGUCAAUCCGGAUGACUUUGAAAACUUCAGAGGCCGGCUAGGAUUUGUAUAG